AAUAACCGUGACUGACCACGUUAGGAUGGCUGCGCCAGUUGUGAUGUGCCUACUGAUGUGUCUGCUAGGGGGCGCCACCGCUGAGCUGUUCACGGCGAUGGCCGACAUGGAGCACCUGGUGGCGGCGGAGAAAGCCGUCGUCGACGUCCUCUCCGAUUACAUCCGCCAGGAGGAGCUGCGGCUCUCGCAGCUAAAGAGCCUCACCGCUGCGUUUGCGAUGAAGAACCGUGAGGCGGCUCAGAAGCCGGCUGAGUUCCUUGCGAACCCGGUCAACUCAUUUCUGCUGGUCAAGCGACUGACCGCCGACUGGGAGAGCAUCGAAGUCCUGCUGCACUCUGGCCAGGCCGACGCUCUCGCACAAAACCUGACGGCGUACACGGAAAACUUCCCGACGAAGGAGGACCUGAAGGGAGCGGCUACGGCGCUGUUCCGGCUGCAGGACACAUACCGCCUCAACACGGCCGAUCUCGCAAUGGGGCGCGUGCCCGGCACGACGUCGUUCCCAGAGCUGCUCGGUGACGAGUGUUUUGAGAUAGGUAAGAUCGCAUAUAACUCCGGCGACCACUACCACACAGUGAUGUGGAUGGAGGAAGCCAUGAAGCGCAUACAGGAUGACGACGUUGCGAGCCGCGCAGAGAUUCUCGAGUAUCUCGCCUUCUCCAUCUUCAUGGUCGACGUGAGUCCGGACCACAGCCGGGCGAGCGGCAACAAGCGCUACUACGAGUCGUACAUCGAGACGAGCGAGGAGAAGCUGCGCAGGAAGGGAGACGACGGCGCGGCGAUGAAGGAGGAGGCGCCGGCGCAGCACGCCGAGGUCCGACACCCCGUCGACCACGUCGUGCCCGAGCGCGAGGCCUACGAGGAGCUCUGCCGCCAGAGUCCGCCACGGUCUAUAUUGCAGCUAAAACGAGCUACUGUGCAAAACUCCGUCACGGGGGAGCUAGAAACAGCGUCGUACAGAGUCAGCAAAAGUGCGUGGCUGCGGUCAGAUGAGGAUGCCGUGGUGAGUCGCAUCAACCAGCGCAUUGGGGACGUGACGGGCCUCGCGAUGUCCACUGCCGAGGACCUGCAGAUAGCUAACUACGGCCUCGGCGGCCACUACGAGCCACACUUUGACUUUGCGAGGAGGGAGGAAAAAGAUGCGUUUAAGAGUUUAGGAACGGGAAACAGAAUUGCAACAGUCAUCUUUUAUAUGACGGAUCUAGAAGCCGGUGGAGCGACGGUGUUCCCGCGCGUUGGCGCGCGCAUCAUUCCCGAGCGCGGCUCAGCUGCCUUCUGGUAUAACCUGAAGCAGUCGGGCCAGGGUGACUAUUCAACCAGGCACGCAGCGUGUCCCGUGCUUGCUGGGACCAAGUGGGUUGCUAACAAGUGGAUACACGAGAUAGGACAGGAGUUUAGGCGCCCAUGUGGCCUAAGUGAGAUGGAAUAAGUGACCGACCAUUGGACCGGAUUAGAGCGGCGCUGACUGCUAAACGAUGAUCACUGAGACAGCGGCUGCUAAUGUCCACUGCCUGCUUCAGUCCGUUGUGGUCAGUGGUAUUGUAUGUGUGCACUGGUCAUUCGUUUUGCUAUUAUAGGAAAUGCUGCAUAUAAUGCAGGUUUGCGACUUACAUUGUACAUUUUAAUAAGUUACUUAACACAUUUGUGCCAGUGUAUCAAAUUUGCGUGUGACCCAUAUAUUUCACAUAGGUGUUUAUUGCGUAAAAUUAGAUUAGGUGAUUCUUCAUUCAGUUAAGCGGCAAAACCAGUCAGAUACAAGCGAAAAUGUGCAAUAACCACUGAGUGAUUGUCUCGUGUUUUAUACUAGUAGAUAACUGGAAGUUUUAUCUGGCCAGUUUGUAUAGCAAAAUUAACUAUUUCUCUGAUUGCCAUGUGACUGGUGCUGAGUCUCACAUUAUCUGAAAUGCCCUUUUUAUAAACGCACUAUAUGGUGCAUAGAGGUUGAAGCUAUCAUGUUAUGGGUUCUGUUGAAGUGUAUUCAACAGUUCAUUAUUCAAUUCUUUUUUACCUAUAGUCGAAACGUGCUUCCUCUUUUCUGUCAAUUUGUCGUGCACUUUUUUCAUUUUAUACCACGGUUUGUGUGGGUAUGUGCCUUAGAACUAUAGUUCCUAUGAGUCAUGAUCUUUUAUAGUUUUUACGAUAUGAGAAUUGUAAGCUGGAAUAAUUUCAUCUACUGACUGUUUGUUGUCAUGGUAACGCCAUGUGUCACUUGUUUUCAGGGUCCCGUUGUCAGAAACAUCGUAACUAGUUAUGACUUCAUGGGUUUAAAAUGUCAAGACAUACGAUGCAGUGCGGUGAAAAAGACAUUGCAUUAUGACAUUUUAGAUGCAUGAUCGAUAAUCAAUACUAUUUCAGAUGUUUUUGUCAACGGGCACCAGAUAAUAUAAAAUCCGCUUUAAGUUGUGUGUUUUUGUUUAGCGCCUAAAGUAAUUUAAUAUUGGUAUUUUUAAAUUAAUACACGAGCUCUUUUGUAACCGAUUGCAUACCAACGCAUUCAGCAGUCAUGAGCUGUGUUAGUAUGUGAUGUUGUCACCAGCAACCAUUAUAGCAAGCAGGGGCCUGUUGUCAGAAACAAAAUUAGUCUUAACAGUAAUCUUAACAUUAACAUUUUCUCGUAGACCCGUCUCGA